AUGUUCUCAAAAAGUGUCGGCAAAACGUCACUAUCUCAUUUAAUCUGCGAACAAAAACCAAUAAGAAAUCCAUCAUGGACUGUCGGCUGUUCAGUAGAAGUUAAAUUGCAUGAGUACAAAGAAGGUACACCCAAUCAAAAGACUUAUUUUAUCGAGUUAUGGGACAUUGGUGGUAGCCAAAGUCACCAGAAUACUAGACAGGUGUUCUACAACCCUACUCAUGCAAUUAUUCUGGUCCACGAUCUGUCAAACAGAAAGUCACAGCAGAAUCUACAGAAAUGGCUUCAAGAAGUUUUGAGUAAAGAAGGAAACGGAAGUGGAGGACGAUAUAAAAACUUUGAUGAUUUUGAUCCUGAAAAAUUUGUAGGCUCUACCCAAGUUCCAAUACUAGUCGUAGGUACAAAAUCAGAUUUAAUUGAGUCCAAAUCUAGUCUGCAUAGAAGGUCAUCAACUAUUGCAGAAGAAUGCGGUGCUGAUGAAAUAUUUGUUGACUGUCUUCAAGUAAGAUCAUUAGCUGCUGGUACUACAUCCUCCCUAAAGUUGAGUAGAUUUUUCGACAAAGUUAUCGAAAGACGUUAUUACCUCAACCGUGAUGUAAAUAGCCCGGAAAAGAGGAGAUUACAAGCAUAUACGUCAUCGUAUCCACAAAAAGCUUACCACAAUGACUGA